AUGAGUGAUUCUGUAUUAAAAGUAGGAUGUAGGGUAAACGUACCCGCAAAAUCUGUUAAAGGAACGGUUGAAUAUAUUGGAACUACAGCUUUUGCACAAGGGAAGUGGGUUGGAAUAUGCUUAGAUGAACCAAAAGGGAAAAAUAAUGGAACAGUUAAAGACAGACAAUAUUUCAAGAAUCAUGGUAUGUUUGUCAGGCAAAAUCAAUUAAUUGUUCUAGAUGAAAAUGACAGUCCAGUUUUGGACUUAACAGAAGAAGCAUCAUCAAAAUCGAAAACAACAAAAUUAAGCAGUUCUAGAUUAUCAUUGUCUAGUGUAACUAGCUCUCCAAGUAGAGAAGAUUUAACUGCUUCAACUCAUUCCCUUGCUUCACAAAGUGCAUCUUCUAAAAAAACUUCUUCAUUUGUCGAGAGAACCCCUACUUCCAAACUGCCCAAGCAUAUUCCUUCUUCAGCAAGUAAAACACCAAAAGUUUCCACAGCUCAAAAACAAACUACUGCUAAAAGAUCUCUGAAUCAAUCUAAAGAUGAUGUCAGUGAUGCCAACGAACAAACUGGUUUUGUGGAAACUUUAAAGCCUAAAUUUACUCCUGGUUCGGUUAUGCUCUCUCCAGGUCAACCUGGCCCAUUAGGAAAUGCACCUCAACCUAAUACUAAUCUAAGCGGUGCGGCAAAUAUCAAUUUUCUUCAACAGCAAGUGGAAACGUUAAAAGAACAAUUAAAAGAUGUAACUGAAAAAUAUGAAACUUUAAAAGUUAAAAGAGUUCAAGAUAAGGAAAAAUUAAAAGAUUUUGAUAAAAUAAGAAUUCAACUGGAACAGAUGAUAGAAUUUAAAUCCAAAAUAAUGGAAUCUCAGGCUGCUUUACAACGAGAAUUACAAAUGGCAAAAAAAGAAGCAAGGGAUGCAAUUGAAGCCAAAAAUUUACAUGCAGAAGAAAUGUCGGAUUUGGCAGAAACAGUCGAAAUGGCAACUUUAGACAAAGAAAUGGCAGAAGAAAAGGUUGAAAGCUUGCAAUUAGAAUUACAAGAGGUUCGUGACAAGCUAGAAGAAGUUACCUUAGAUUAUGAAACACUUAAAGCAGAACUUGAGGGAGGAGGAGGUACCGAUGAAAAUGGUUUGAAAGAAAGAACUCCUUAUGAAUUCAAGCAAUUAGAACAACAAAAUGCAAGAUUAAGAGAAACACUUGUCAAAAUGCGAGACCUGGUCGCUCACGACAAGCACGAGUACCAAAAAUUACAAAAAGACUUGGAUCAGAAAAAAUCUGAAGUUGCAGAAUUAAGUAGGACAAAAGAAAAGCUGAGUUCUUUAGUUGAAACUUUAGAAGAACAAAUUGCAGAUUUACAAGAGCAGGUUGAUGCAGCUUUGGGAGCGGAAGAACUCGUCGAAACGCUUGGAAACGAUAAAAUGACCCUGCAGGAAAAAGUAUCAGAACUUCAAGAAGAGAUCUCAGAUUUGGAAGCUUUAAAAGAUGCAAAUGAUCAGUUAUUGGAAGCACAAAAAGAAAUCGAUUUAGAACUGAGAGAAGAAUUAGAUAUGGCUUUGAAUUCAGUUCGAGAGACUCAACGAGAAAAAGAUGCCGCGUUGGAAAACUUAAACGAUUGUCAACACACAAUUCAAAAGUUUCGAGAAUUGGUCGCUAAACUUCAAGAACAGCUUCAAGAUUUACAGGGAAAAUUAGACGAAGAGGCGAAGAAACCCGUCGGUAUUCCAGAAAUGUUAGACUUUCAAAAAGUUUUUACCGAAACUAAGGCACACAAAAGAGCCGUGGACUUGGAAUUAAGACAAAUAGAACUCAAUCAAAAAGAUAAACACGUGCAAUAUCUAACGGCAUUUAUGCCGGAUAGCUUUUUAGGCCGAGGAGGAGAUCAUGACGCUAUACUAUUAAUACUUUUGUUUCCACGAAUGUUGUGUAAAUGCGAGAUAAUUUUAAAUCAAAUAAAUUGUAAAUUUCAAAAAGUAGAAAAUAUUCAUAAAGAUUCGGUAAUAAAAGAAGAUAAAGUUGUUCAAUAUGCUUGUAGAUGUCGUUUAAGUUAUUUUCUUCACAGGUGUCAGUUGGUAUUUCAUCAGUUUAUUCACGGUCUCGACACGUGCACAAUCGAAACGUUGAGUAAAGCGGCGGGAAAAUUUAUGGAAAUGCUCGUGCAGGAAAAAAUAAUAGAUUCGUACAUUGAAUCCGUGAAAAAAGAUCAAUUGGAUGAAAACGUAUUGACGGAGCCUUUGGAAAAAUUUAUUUUAUAUUUCGAUGCAAUGAAAGGAAUAGUUUUCGCAAAUGAAAAUGAUAAAAUUCAUCAAUCUCAUUGCGUUAAAGAUUCCGCUUCAGCUUUGAGUGCGGCUUGCGAAUCAUUAUUAACGGAUUGUUUAUCAAUUCAAGCCAUGUACUCGGAUAAUGAGCCAAGCGGAGAAGUUAUUCUAAUCGUUCAAUUUAUUGCUGCGAGCGUGGAACAUUGUUUAGCACAAUUAAAAAACAUCAGGAGGAAAAUACCGAGUAACGAAUCUAAUCUCAAUAUACCCAACAACAGUUUAUUAAAAUUAAUAAGCACAACUCAAGGCGCGACGAGACUUGUAAAGGCCGUUUACGACAUGUCAAAAGCAUCCAGACAGUACAUUUUACUUCAAGGAGAAUCGGCAUCGGGAAUCAAUAAUACAAAAUUGGAAGAAAUAUUUCAAUCGUCUAUAGAAAAAAAUCUCGAGUCUGAUGAAUUGACCGGAGUCGAGUUGGCAAAAAAAAAAAUUAGCGAUAUUGUAAAAAUUGUAGCAGGGUUUAACGAUCUAGUUGAACAAACGGAUUAUGAUCUCAUUAGCUCAUCUGGUUCUAACGCUUCGGAAAAACCCAUCGUAACGAGAGCCACGGCGGUUAAAAAAGAACUGGAUGAAAUUAAAAUUUUAUCGAAGAAGUUGGAGAGUAAAGAAAUGGAUAUUAGAGAAUUAAAAAUGGCGUUAAAAACUAAACAGGAAGAGUUGAGCGAAAUGUGCAUUAGAAAAGAUUUAGUUGAAAAGAAAUUAUCGAAUAUAAAUAAAGACCGGGAUAGCGAAUCUGUUAAAUUAAGGGUAAUUUUUAAUCAAUCAUUUAAAAGAAAAGAAUUUAAAAAAGGGGCCGGAGAAGAAGUGAAAAAACAAGCGAUGAAAAAAGAAAAGGAAUUCGAAGUUGCAAUGGAUCACUUGUCGUCGGACAUUGAAGAAUUGGAAAAAGAACGUGAUAAACUUAGGGAAAAGUUAAAAAUGCAAACGAAAAAAGUCGGCGGGGAUGCUCCCGUGAAAAUAGAAACGUCUACCGCGAGCAAUCAAUCGACCAGCCCGAAAAAAAUCUCUUGGACCGUAAACGAAGGAGAAAAUUUACAAAAUCAAAUAGAUCAAUUAAAAAUGUCAUUGAAACACAUGAACAUGGAAUAUUUUAAAUUACAAAAUGAAACGGCGAGAAAAAAUAUAAUUAAUUUAUCACCGGUUUCAUCGUCCGAGAAUUCCAUGGAUAAAAAUUCAAAAAAAGUACUUAAUGAAUUGUGGAAAGAAGGACAAGAUUUACAAAAACAAGUUCUCGAUAAUUUAAUUUUCGACAUUCCGGAUUUCACGAGUUUAAAACCUGGGGACACGAUGGAUGCGAAAACAUUUUUUUCAAAACAAUUUAAUCGUAAAAGGGAAAUUCAAAAUAAAAUAGAAAAUUUUUCGGUGAGAGUUAAUAAGCAAAUACUUAAAAUAAUAAAAGGAGGUUACAUCGAAACAUCUCUGACGGUUUUCCCGACGCCGGAAGUUAAAAACGCAUUAAAGGAAACAAAACCUUUAACGAUAGGAGAACUGAGUCUUCCAUCUCGUAACGAUGAAUUUAAAAAUGUUCCCCUCAUUGUCAAUUUGAAUUCACUUCGAGCGAUACAAGAAAAAAUUUCAACGGUUGUCAUAUAA